AUGAAACCUAAUUCGGACGAACAGCAGGAAACAGUAAUGGACGCCGAGAACAACGGGGACCACAACGGUUCCAACCAAGCCGGCAGAGACAAUAGCUCGUGGUUGGACCAGUUGCGCACUUGCUCACUGGAAUUUAUCCGGUCCAAUCCGGGACUGAGCCACAUGUACGACAGGGGUUUUGCAGCCGGUUUUUACGGGCGGAACCAAAUGCAGUUGGAAGCUCUAAUGUCGGGGGAAUCUGCGGCAAGUGUGAUGUCCGAGGCAGGUGUGACGUCUGCCGACGCGGAGCUCGGAUCACCGUUGGAAGCGGUCGGGGCGGACAGCUGGGCAACCGCGGUCGCAAUGGACAACGCCAUCGAGUCAGCUCUGAAAAUCGCGCUGGAAGUCUCAGCAAAUUCGUCGAUGGUCGUAUCUCGUUUGGCCCGGGACAUAUCUCAAGUAGAACCGUAA